CUGCAGAAUAUUAAUAUCACUGACCCGAUACGCAUGUUAUACGAUGACUGUGUUAAGAAAUAUUUUUAUUGUCCUUUGCUGAUAUGUAUCAAGCCUUGGUAAAUAUGUGACAAGAUGUAAAAGCUCCCAGAAUGCCCCGCUCCUUCCUUACCCUCCUUGCCUCACCCUUGUAUUCUAAGCCUUAUGGACCAAAUACACCUUUUCACAAUGAAAAAUCCUUUAUCGGGCUCUACAUAUGAAAAGAUAUAUCAGGACUUAAAGAAUAUAUCUAAAAAUGGAGAGGCCUUUUGCAAAUCACUCAUGUCAGUUCUACAACAAAGGUCCAACUUAGAAAUGAGCUAUGCCAAAGGACUUGAAAAACUAGCAAACAAACUGACAAAAGCAUUGGACAGCAUGAACAAAAAUUGCAUCCACAAUGCAUGGACCUGUGCUUCUGAAGAAAUGAGGACAACAGCUGAGGUUCACAAAAAACUAGGCAUUGUAAUUCAGACAGAGGCUAUAAAACCAACAAAUCAGGUUUUGGAAGAACAUGACAAAAGGAAGAAAAAGCUAGAUAAUGAAGUUGAAAAGAUGGCAAAUUCUGUACUAAGCAACUGGAGACAACAGAUCAAGACUAAAAAAAAGCUAAUGGACCACACAAAAAAGCACGAAACCCUGUUCCAUCACGUUGAAGCAGAAAACAGUAAACAGACCCUAACAGAAAAGGAAAGACAAAAGCUGUUCAAUAAACUAAAAAAAUCAACAGAAGUAUUGACAAAAACUGAUGCCGAUUAUUACCAAGAAAAUAUAGCUGGCCAAGCCGUGCGACUGAAAUGGGAAAAUGUCCUUGAAAAUUGUUAUGCGAGUAUUCAAGAACUUGAAAAAGAGAGAAUACAGCUCCUUUCUCACAUUCUUACACGAUACAACCAGCAUGUUUCAAAUUUUGGACAAACACUGAACACGAGUCAAAACCUAAUUGACCAAGCUAUUAAAAGUAUUGAUGUUGAAAAGGACAUUCAGACUUUCCUGGAAGACACAGCCGUUUAUUCUGAAAACAACAAAUCAGAAUUUCUACUGUUGGAUUAUUAUGAAGAAGAUGGUUCAUCUGUAAUGAAUGGCGAAAGAAGAAUAGCUUCCAUUAAUACAAAGCUUGAAAGGCUACAGCAUGACAUUGAAAAGGCUCUGAAAGACAAGGACGGACUGGAAAAAAUGUUGAAGGCCUAUGAUGAAAAUCCGGCAUUUUCAGAUAUCAAAAAUGAAGAAAAUACAGCUGACCUUCUAGAAGAGACCAAGUUGAAAAUAAGCCUUUUGGAAGCAAAUCACUUUAAACUAUCCUCGGCUCUGGCUACUUUGGAAAAGAGAUCUGCACCUUCGCACCCAUGCAGUGAAUGCAUCAGUACGUGGAAAGAGAAGGGCUGCCAGCACUGCUCCGUCCAGAUAUCCCGGUCUAUAAAUGCUAAAAAACUUAGGCGCUCUCAAAGUGUCCGUUCAUCUAUCCGACGGAGCGCUCGCUUCAGCAGUAUGGGAUCUCACGAUAAAUAUGAGACCAUGGAAGAUUCCACUGAUUUGCCCAGCAAACCACCACGAGGGCUAACAAAAAGAAUUCCUAAAACUCCAGUUUAUUCCAAUAUGGAUGCGGAGUGGGAUGAUACGCCAAAUGACUUGAACACGGAUGAAAACAGCUCAUUCAAAGUUUUGUAUCCAUACCAGGCUCAGAGGCCCGAUGAGCUCGUCUUACAGAAAGGUGAUCACGUUCUAGUUCAUCGCAAGGAUGAAGAUGGCUGGUGGUACGGUACCAUUAAUGGAAAGAAGGGUUAUUUUCCAGCUGCAUACGUGGAAGGGACAGAUGGAGGUCAAUCAUCUAACGCAUAAAAGCUUCUAAAUGGAAAGUGUCUCAUUUGUUUAUUCGAAACAGGAAGAAUACAUUGCUGCAAAGCUGCGUUCUUUGUUUACACAAAUGAAUCCUGAAUUUACGAAUUGAUUAAAUGGCAGAUUUCAAGUUUUUUGUAUUUUUAACCUAAAAUGUGCUUGUACUAUUAACAGGUUAUAGAAUGAUUAUAUUUCAUGUAUUUUUAAAUGAAUCCUAGACUUUUUAUACUGCAAGUGAAAUUACUCUAUGAUUACUAGACAGUUAGAUCAAUAAUAAUAAUAUUUCCUAACUAUUACGUGUUGAUGUUAAAAAUUGAUUAGUUGCAAACCUGUCAGCAUAAGAUACUCUAUGUGCAUAUUAAAAUUUAGUUCAGAAACAGCUUCAUAUUAUUGUAUAUGUCACCAUUAUGUAACAAAAUACACAUUAUGCAACACAA